UUGUAAAUAACGGUGCUGGACGUUGAUUAUUACUAAUAGAAACUUCGGUUUGGUAAAGGUAGAUUUUCCAUGCGCCAAACUCGUGACUUCUUGGAGCUUAAGGCUUUCAUCCAACGCUGUCGACGAACCGAUCUUGAUAAACUUAUAAAAUUUACUAAUCUUCCUCGUGGAGGCCUCAAACAAGAUAUCCAGUUGAGACUUAUUUCCUACUUGGAUCAGGACCCUUCGACAGAAUUUCUUUCUGCACUUCGUGAGUUGAAGGAGCUAAUGUACAGUCCUGUCAAUUUGCAGUCUCAACAAUCGAAUGGAUAUUCGAACGCAUCCUGUCCUUCAAGCGAAGUUCCAGCUUCUCUUAUGUAUUUAAGUGGCUCUACCAUUCGUUCUCCGACAGAAUCGUCAAAUAAUAACACAGGAUUGAAUCCAUGUUUGAAAGUUACGGAAGUAAGCAGUGCUUCAGAACAAGACCAGUUGCGUCACAACCCCUACAUUGUACAACCGAAUAUGAGUGUUUUUGGACCCACCUCUCUAGAUGGAUUAAAUUCAACAAAAAGUGGGCAACAACAAUCUCUGCAAAAAGAUUCAUCCACUCAACUCCCACAGAGCUCAAUGUCUUCAGGGAAUCUUACGAUUAACUCAUCAGUUUGGACAGCUUGGGACUCUGUUAAUCAAUCGUUAUCUCAAAAUCGUGUAACGACAUCUCAGUCUUGCAUAUCAGGGAAGUUUCAAAAUUUGAGCAAUCCUAAUCAAACCUAUGGUACCUCCUUUCUUCCUAUUCCAUCCAAUUCAAGUAUGUCAGAUGGGCAUUCAAAAAUGCAUGUGCAGUCUGAAUAUCCUCAAAAUUCAAUCCCUACAUCCUGCAUAGACUCAAAAAGAGCUACUGUCGCACACAAGAUAGGUCCACUUAUAACAUUGGCUGGAGCGUGUUAA